CAAAACGAGCAAAGCGAGAUUAGGCGGAGCCUGCGGGGCAAGAUGGCGCCGUCCGUAGUUCUGCGCUCGUUUUCGCGGCUGUUGGUCUCCGCCCGGCUGCCGAGCUGCUCUUCAACACGGUCAAAGUUCUAUGUUCGGGAGCCUGUCAAUGCCAAACCUAACUGGGUGAAAGUUGGGCUGUCCUUUGGCGCCUCGAUUUUCAUGUGGAUUUAUCUCAUCCGACAACACAAUGAAGAUGUUUUGGAGUACAAAAGAAGAAAUGGAUUGGAAUAAACUUUGGAAAUAAUACAGUCUGCUUCAUGAUCAUAGUUAUUCCCCUGGAUUCCCCUAGAGUUGUGGAUAUAAGAAAAAAGUUACAUGUGAAUAUGUAUCAGUCAAGUCAGCACAUACAUUUUGCAUUGUUAAAUUAAAUAAAAAUACUUGUGCUCUUCAUAUGUAGAGACGGAA